AUUCGUCCUCUAGCACCGGCUUCCUCCAUCACCUCUCUUCGAGCAGCUUGAUAUGCAGCUUCUGCAGGUUCUAAACCUCCUCCAGGAACGACCCACAUGUCUGGACGACGACUACCGCUUACAAGGAGCAGCUGGAGAAAUCAAAAACAUAUUUAUACAUAAUUAAUAUAAACACAUCAAGCCAAUUUACCUCGCUUUCUUGCGCAUUUUUAAAGCAAAGACAAGCUGCUCUUUGACGAAAACCAUCUUUGUCGUAACACCUUACAGAAUUAGGUUUCUCCUUCACCAUUACACUUUGUUAAAAAGUAAAUUUUUUCAGAAGCCCUUCGCAGUCACGGAGAAUUCUGUACGAUAUAUGCAUGUUUACAAAUUAACUUCUUUGGCCACCAUCUUGGAUCGCUGACAGGCGCUGCACAGCUGAGUAUUGCUGAUUGUUGCUGACCGAAAGAUGGCGGAUAAACAGAAAAAAGCUCGAACAUUUGAUUUUAAUGAAAUGUUUGAAAAGGCACGAAAAUUAGCAAUAGAGAGAGGGGCUAGUGUACUAGCAAAUAGAGAUGAUGAUGUCACUUCGAACAAAGUACCUGGCGAGGAUUCAAAAGAUAAAGAACUAUUAAAGCGGAAUUUGGAUUUACCUAGUUCAAGUAAAGCAUACGGUGAUGAUGACGACGAAGAAAAUAGCGAUGAUGAUGAUGAUGUUAUUGGUCCAAUGCCACCUCCAAAAAGUCAAGAUAAAGAUCUAGGAGACACUAGUGAAGAAGAUGACGAAGAAGAUGAAGAUGAAAAUGAAGAUGAAACUUUUGACAAUUUAGACGUCAAUCCUUUGAGUCGAAUACCCGUGGAUGGAGACGUUAUUUUACAACACGGAUCUAAGACGAUUUCAGCAAUUGGUAUCGAUAACAAUGGGGCUAGAAUGGCUAGUGGAAGCUUCGACUUUGAUGUUAAGUUAUGGGAUUUUGGUGGCAUGGAUUCUACAUUUCAAGCUUUCCGGUCAUUUAGACCUUGUGAAUGCCAUCAAAUAAAGUCCUUACAAUAUAAUAAUACGGGUGAUCUAUUGUUAUGUGUAUCUGGUAGUGCUCAAGCAAAAUUAUUAAAUAGAGAUGGAUAUACGAAAAUGGAAUGUGUUAAAGGUGAUCAAUAUAUAGUUGAUGUAGCAAAUACAAAGGGUCAUAUAGCCAUGUUAAACGGUGGAGACUGGCAUCCCUAUUAUCAAGAGGAGUUUAUGACCUUCUCAAACGAUGGUUCUAUUAGAUUGUGGGACGUUGGACGUUACCGUAAACAUAGAAAUAUAAUAAAGACAAAAACUAAGCAAGGUCGAAAAGCCAUUCCUACUGCUGCCACAUAUAAUAAGGACGGAAAAUAUAUAGUAGCUGCAUGCAAUGACGGAUCUAUACAAGUUUGGCCCCAUAAAGAAUAUUUUGUAAAUCCGGCGUUUAUUAUUCGAGAUGGUCAUCAGAAUGGAAGUGACACUUCCUGCGUAUCUUUUGCCUAUAAUGGAAAUAAUUUUGCAACCAGAGGUGGAGAUGAUACUGUUAAAUUAUGGGAUAUUCGAAAUACUAAAAAAUAUAUUGCCGAAAAAUCAGAUCUUUACAAUAGAUUUGCAAUGACUGACGUUAUUUUUAGCCCGGAUGAUCGUCUAGUCAUAACGGGACUCUCAACUAAACUCAAUGAAAAAGAGGGGAACGUAAUAUUUUUAGAUCGUGAUACUCUUUCGCCUGUAGCCGAUUUGACAGUUAGUACGUCAUCUGUCGUGCGGCUAGCUUGGCAUGCUCGGCUUAAUCAAAUAUUUUUGGGCUGCGGCGAUGGUGAUAUAAAAAUUUUAUACGAUGAAAAGAAGAGUAACAAGGGUGUAAAACUAUGCUUGGCAAGAAAGAUAAAAAAGAAGAAGCAGACGAAUGAUAAUCAAAUAAAUCAUAUUAUCACUCCUUAUGCUCUAUCUCUAUUUAAAGAGAAGAAGUACUCUAGCAAAAAGACUUUAGAGGAGAAACAAAGAAAAGAUCCUGUGAAAUCUCAUAGGCCAGAUCUACCUGUAAACGGACCAGGAAGUGGAGGAAGAUUGGCGACUAAGGGUGCAACUUUAGCCCAAUACGUACUGCAAUCAAUCGCCGUUAGAACUCAUGAUGAACGAGAUAAAGAUAUAAAGGCGGCUAUAUUACGUCAUGCAGAAGAGGCUGAAAAAAAUCCGUUUUGGGUUACUCCAGCAUACAAAAAGAAUCAGUCUGCUGUAUCUACUAGCAAAGAAUCUAAAGAAGAUGAUGAGCAACCUCCAACGAAAAAGCAAAAAUGA